AUGAAGUCGCCCGUGCCACCAUUCCGGAACGUAGCAUUGUUACAACGGCUAUCUCCGUCGUCACGCAGCCGUAUACAGCGGGUUAGCACUUGCUGUCCGUCGUCGAGAAUCGUCGCUUCUCCCAGCCGCGUGUCAUGGACCUCGACUAGGCGCUCCUAUGCUACUACCACCUACGUCUCGGCCGCCGAUCUCCAAUUCGGCCAGCCCGUCCACGAAACACACCCUCAUAUCCUCCAGGCUGGCGAGAUAACGCCUGGCAUCACAGCCCAGGAGUAUGCCGACCGACGAGCCGCCCUCGCCCACUCGCUGACCGACGGAGGCGUAGCUAUCCUCCAUGCCGCAUCUCUGCAGUACAAGUCUGGCGCCGUCUUCCACCCGUACCGCCAAGAGUCCAACUUUCUCUGGCUGACGGGGUGGAACGAGGAAGAUGCCGUGGCCGUGAUUGAGCGCACGGGUCCCAACCUGGGCGACUACGCCUUUCGCAUGUUCGUCAGGCCCAAGGACCCCCGUGAGGAGCAGUGGUCGGGAUACCGCAACGGCGUUGAGGCGGCCGAGGACAUCUUCAACGCCGACGAGGCGCUCAGCAUCGACCAAGUCGACACCAUGCUGCCCAAGAUGCUCUCGUCCGCCAAACUGGUCUACACGGAUAGCGCUCGAACGACGACGGCCACGCCGACCAAUCCGAUAUCCCGCCUCGUCAGCGGCAGCUCAGCUCCCCCGCGGACAUCCCUCUCGUCGGUGGUGCACAAGCUGCGUGCCAUCAAGAGCCCCGCCGAGAUUGCCAACAUGCGUCUGGCAGGCCAGAUGUCAGGGCGCGCCAUCACCGAGGCGAUGCGCCGUCCCUGGAGACGCGAGAAGGACCUCCACGCCUUCCUAGACUACCAAUUCAUCAGCAACGGGUGCGACGGCCCAGCCUACAUACCCGUCGUAGCGGGUGGCGAGCGCGCCAACUGCAUCCACUACACGGUCAACAACAGCACCAUUGACGCCGACACCAACGACCUCAUCCUCGUGGACGCGGGCGGCGAGUACGGCACAUACAUCACCGACAUAUCGCGCACGUGGCCGGCCAGCGGGAAGUUCACCCCCGCCCAGCGAGACCUAUACCAGGCCGUCCUACGCGUUCAGCGUACGGGUGUCGCCCUGUGCCGCCGGUCGGCCAACAUGUCCUUGGACGACAUACACCGCAUCACGGUUCGAGGGCUCAUCGACGAGCUGCGGCCGCUGGGCUUCACCAGCCUCGACACGUCGUCCAUCAACCAGCUCUUCCCCCACCAUGUGGGCCACUAUAUUGGCCUCGACGUGCACGACUGCCCUGGCUAUAGCCGCCGGGAGACGCUGCGCAAGGGCCACUGCGUCACCAUCGAGCCGGGCAUCUACGUCCCCGACGAUGCGCGCUGGCCCAAGCACUUCCGCGGCAUGGGUGUCCGCAUCGAGGACAGUGUUGCCGUCGAUGAGGAAUCUGCCUUUGUCUUGUCUACCGAGGCUGUCAAGGAGGUUUCUGAUAUUGAGGCCCUGCGCUGA